AACUAUCCACACGACCGCGUGGCGGUAGGAAUCGUCGCCUUGUCACCCAACCAUCCCAUAUCCGACCCAUCCCUUGUCCCAAACCGUCGAACCCUAGCUCGCCUUCGCCUCCAAUCUCCCCACCUCGCCGUCGCCAUGGGCAAGAAGCGGAAGCUCGAGCCGAAAUUCACCUUGGCAGCAAACUCCCCCGCAGCUAAGGCUCCAGCUGCCGCAAAGAUCGCCGAGCCGGCAGCUCCUCUCCCCCAGCCCGAAACCCUAGCCGAGUACUACCCCACUUCCUCCCAAACCGUGGCCCAGGAGAGCGGGUCCAUCGCUGGGGGCGCGGCGGUGAAGCAGGAGGUGGGCGGCGAGGAGGACGAGUGGGAGGAGGUGGAAGAGGAGGUGGAAGAGGAGGAGGAGGAGGAGGAGGUCGAGGAGGAAGAACAACAGCAGGCGGAGGAGGGGGACAGCGACCCCGCCUCGAUCCAGGCGCUUCUGGAGGUGUUCCCCAAGGAGCAGCUCGUCGAGCUCCUCCGCGACGCCGCCGUCCGCCACCGCGACGUGCUCGAGUCCGUCCGCCGAGCGGCCGACGCGGAUCCAGCCCAGCGGAAGAUCUUCGUCCACGGCCUCGGAUGGGACACCACCGUGGACAUCCUCACCGAGGCUUUCCGCCCUUAUGGUGAGAUCGAGGAUCUCAAGCUCGUCUCAGACCGUAACACGGGCAAGUGCAAGGGCUACGGGUUCAUCCUCUUCAGCCGCCUUUCUGGCGCCCGCGCGGCCCUGCUGGAGCCCCAGAAGAAGAUCGGCAACCGCACUACCUCCUGCCAGCUCGCUUCUUUGGGCCCUGUCCCACCUGGCGGUGCGGCCAACAAUCCUAUGUUGGCUACAGCUCCAGCUCCGGCUCCAGCAGCCUUGAUACUACCGCCAGUUUCUGAGUACACACAGCGGAAGAUUUUUGUUAGCAAUGUUGGCGCAGAUAUCGACCCACAGAAACUGCUGCAGUUCUUUUCAAAGUAUGGUGAAAUUGAGGAGGGUCCUCUUGGGCUCGACAAGGCAACCGGGAAGCCAAAGGGUUUUGCUCUGUUUGUUUACAGGACCCUUGAGAGCGCCAAGAAGGCGCUCCAGGAGCCGCACAAGUCAUUUGAGGGUGUUAUGCUGCACUGCCAGAAGGCAAUUGAUGGGCCAAAACCCAACAAAGGAGGAGGAUAUGGUGCCACAACUACAAGUGGGAGGAAGGGCGCUGCUGGCUAUGGUGCUAGUAGCCAUUCUCUGCCUGGUAGUGUUGGUGCUGGUUAUGGGAUGGCAUCUCCAGCGAGCCUGGCUUCAAUGCCUGGGUCUGUACCUGGUGGUCCAGGGAUGAAUCCUGCACUGGGCCAGGCUUUAACAGCUUUCUUGGCCACCCAAGGGGGAGGGUUGGGUCUGAAUAACAUCCUUGGAGUUGGUCCUAAUAGUUCAGGGAUGCCAAAUUCAGGGUCUUCUGGAGCUCUUGGUGGUGGCGGUGUACCUGGAAUGCCUGGCAGUUAUAUGGGAGGCUAUGGGGGUGGUGGCGGGUAUGGUGGUCCACCGGGAGGUCCAGGAAGAAAUUACAUGGGUCAUUAGGAUGCUUAUAACUAUUUUUCUGUGGCCAGAUGAUUCUACGUGUUCCUGCGUCGCACUUAUAAACAUGCUGUUUUAGGCUGCUUCUCGCAAGUUGCUUACUCUAGCGGUCAAAGUUUUCAUAAGAACUUUGAUUUCCUCAAUCCUAUGUUUUCAAAAUUGAACAAAUCUAUGUACAAUUAUUUAAAUUUUUGAAAAGUUACUAGUUGUCUUGUGACCCUAUUGUAAAAGACUUUCUAUUGAUUUAAAGCACCGUGGAAUUUUUACUGCAUUUUAUACAAGAAUUUUCAGUCAUUAUUUUUGGCAUUUGUUGAAACCUAAUUUGUGUUACUAAAAAAAGUGCCAUUUUUUUUGCUAUCCUAAUUUUCUUGUCACGGUGAUACGUUUCUGACCAGAAAUGUCGUGUGGAUUUAUUUCUGAACAAAAAGUUGAAUACUGCUUUGUUUACAAAGUAAGCAUUUGUUUAUUUUGGCCAAGUUUAUGAUUACCGUGUGAUAAAGUUGGUUAAGAAGAAUCUUUGGCAGAUCUAGGAAAAUAUCAAUGUUGCAAUUUUAGAAAAGAGGUUGCAUUCUCAAAUGCGUUUUUUGUCUAUCUUGUCGUGCAGUCCAAUUUUAGUUGUGUUGGUCUGAGGCCAUGGUCGUAAGUACUAAACAUGAGACCUUUUAGCAGCGAUUUAGACUUUGGCCGUUGACUAAUCUUUUGCCUGUGGGCUAGCUAGUAGUUGGAAGUAGGGGGAGGCUUGUUGUUAUCGGAGAGGUAGGGCUGUUGGAAGGGUGGGAGGGGCUGGCUUGAUUGAACCCUCACAGGAAGACAAGUGCUCAUAUCUUUGAUGUGGAGGACUGCAGCAAAAGGAAGAGGAGGGAAGAAAAGAUACAGUUCAAGGUGAGGUGACUAAGUUGCUUUACAACUGGUUAGCACACUCUUAUGUUCUUCACUUUUUUGUGUGUGAUGUUUUUUUGGGUUUAGUAGUAGAAUUGAACUAGGAGCAGGCUGCAGCACACUCUUAUAUGUGUGUUAUCAGUAUGUUUAAUUGGAAAGGUAGAAUAGAACUAGGAGCGGUAUUGGAUAGUCACACUCUUAUAUGUAUGAUAUAUUAUCAUCUGUUUAAUUUGUGUGUUAUCAGUAUGUUUAAUUGGAAAGGUAGAAUAAAACUAGGAGCGGUAAUUGGAUAGCAGAAAUAGUCGCAACACUCUUAUAUGUAUGACAUAUUAUCAUCUGUUUAAUUUUUACGUGUUUUUAGGAAUUAUGCACACUACUGAAGUCUGUGUGAGUACAUCAUAGAAAUAUGGCUUGUGGAAUAUAACCUGUUCCUUACCUAGUUUAAACAUUGUGGUGGAACAAUGAAUAGGUGCCUGAUAAUUAAAAGUAAUAGAGGUACAUGUUUUGUUAUCUCGAGCUUAUCCUAGUGCUCCUCACAAACUAUUACGAAGAUGACGCCUGCAUGAAAUCUUCAAUUUAAUCACAAUGAACUAUUGUUCCAUGUGAGUGACAAAUAUGCUUUUGUAAGAUACAAGUAAGUCAUAAAUUUCGUUAGAGUAUUCUUACCUAUAAGAGCACAUAGCAAUUUUCUGAUAUAAAGUGUGCCUGAUGUAAUAGGUCAUGAUUCACUAAGCUGCGUGUUAUCAGUUAUCUGGCCCAAAGUCUUUAUCCAACAAGUUUCUGUAAGUCGUGACGCGUCAUUGCGCGUCGUUAUCUUUCGAUCACACGCCAUAUGUAUACAACAUUUGUUGUCAAUUC